AUGAGUCGCACUGAGCAGAACACCAACAGAUGUGACCGACAUUACUUUCUAAUUUUAUUAAUUGCUAGAGAAUCAGGAAUGAUACAAAAAUAUUCAUUGCCACAAAUAACAUUGACAAAUCGUUAUACAGCAUCAUCACGUUUACAUGAAAUUUCAAUUAAUUGUGAUUCAACACGUGCCUCAUUAAUUGAUACAACUGGUAUACUUACAAUGAUUGAUUUAGAUGCUAAAAAAUUAAAUGAUGAUGAUGAUGAAAAAGAAGAUGUAUCAAAGUUUGAAAAAAAAGAAGUAUGGGCAAUGUGUUGGGCACAGGAUAAUCCAUCGUUACUUGCAAUUAUGGAAAAAACACGUAUGUAUGUUAUUCGUGGUAUUGAUCCAGAAGAACCCCUAUCAUGUUCUGGUUAUAUUUGUUGUUUUAAUGAUCUUGAAAUACGUUGUAUUCUUCUUGAUGAAUUAAUACAAAAACCAGAUGAUACAAGAAAAGAUUUAAUUGUUGAUCUUGAAGUUAAAUCAUUGAGAGAUACAAAAGAUUUAUUAAAUAAAGUUGGAUUAAAAGAAGCACAUGAUUUUAUACAAGAUAAUCCACAUUCAAGAUUAUGGCGUUUAUUAGCUGAAUCAGCAUUAAAAUUAAAAAAUCUUGAAAUGGCAGAAAAUGCAAUGGUACGUUGUACUGAUUUUCUUGGAAUACAAUUUAUAAAAAGACUUCAUACAAUACAUAAUGAACAAUUAAGAGCAGCUGAAAUAUCAGCAUUUCUUGGUGAUUAUGAUGAAGCUGAAAAAUUAUAUUUAGAACAAGAUAGAAGAGAUCUUGCAAUUAAAUUACGUCAAAAACUUGGUGAUUAUUUUAGAGUAUUAAAAUUAAUGAAAAUUGGUAUUGGUGGUAGUGAUAAACAAUUGGAACAUGCAUACAAUAAAAUUGGUGAUUAUUAUGCUGAACGACAAAAUUGGGAAAGUGCUAAAGAAUAUUAUGAAAAAGGAAGAAAUAUUGAUGAGUUGAUACAGUGUUAUUAUAAGCUUGAAAAUUAUGAAGAAUUAGCUAAAAUAAUUGAUCAGUUACCUGAUAAAUCAUUGACAUUAAAAACACUUGCAAGAAUGUUGGCAUCAGUUGGUAUGUGUCCUCAAGCUGUUGCAGCAUAUAUUAAAUAUGGUGAUGUUAAACAAGCUGUUGAUACUUGUGUUCGUUUAAAUCACUGGGAUCAAGCUGUUGAUCUUGCAAAAACUUAUAAAAUGGCACAAAUAAAUGAUCUAUUAAAUAAAUAUGCAAAUCAUUUAUUAUCAAAUGGUAAAAUUUUACAAGCAAUUGAGUUAUUUAAAAGUGCAAAUUGUUAUAUUGAAGCAUCAAAAUUACUGGUGAAGUUGGCUGAAGAACAAGCAAAGCUACGUACAAAUCCAAUGAGAGUUAAAAAAAUAUAUGUAUUAGCUGCAUUAUUGAUUGAAGAUUAUAUAAAUCGUGCACCAAUAUCAAAAGGUGGACGUAGUAAUGUCAUCAUGGGAUUAACUGAGAGCAAUGAAGAUUCAAGAAUUAUUGAAAAUGCCUGGAGAGGUGCUGAGGCUUAUCACUACUUACUUUUAGCUCAUCGUCAAAUUUAUAAUGGUGAUUUUGAUGCUGCCAUGAAAACGUCAUUGAGAUUACGUGAAUAUGAAGAUAUUUUAGAUACUGAAGAUAUUUAUUGUUUACUUGCAUUAUCAAGUGCAAUUAAUCGUUCAUUUUCAACAUGCUCAAAAGCAUUUAUUAAAUUAGAAGGUUUAUCCAAAAUAACAGAUUCGAAAAAAACUGAAUAUGAAGAAUUAGCAUUAAAAUUAUUUUUAAUUAAUUCACCAAAUGAUAUUAAAAAUAAUAAAUCUGAAUGUGUUAAUUGUGAAAGUCUUGUUCCGGAUUGGUGUGUUAUUUGUCCAAAUUGUACGACAAGAUUUCCAGCUUGUGUUGUUACUGGCAAACCACUGAUGGAUUUAACAAGUUGUUGGAUUUGUACUGUUUGUCGACAUCAUGCUGCAACUGAAAGAGAUAUUGUUAAUAUCAAUGCUUGUCCACUUUGUCACACUACUAUUAGUUAUAUGUAAAGAUUUUCAAUAUAUUUAUUUCAUUAAUUAUAUUUUAUUUUUUUACAAUAAAUAGUGAUUAGUUAUACAAUAAUGCUUGAGUAAAUA